AUUAAUUAAAAUAUUUAUAUGUGUAAGGAAUAACACAUAAGUUGUUUACAUUACUCAAAACAUUAUUAAAUUGAUGAUAUUUAAACAAAUUGAUUUUUUAAUUUUUAACGAUUUCAAAUAAAUGAUCACUGUUAACGAUUGUCUUAACAGAGCUAUUGGAUUAUAUAUUUAUUAAUAGAAGAAAUAUAUAACAAUGGAAGAUGUAAUGAAGGAAAUAAAAGAAUGUAAUGGAAUUCGUUAUCCAUUUUAUCGUACUGCUGCUAAAGUUUUAAUAUUACACAGAAAACUAUACAUGCAGUUUGUACCUCUGCAAUUGGUAAUUGGAGUAUUUGAGCGCCAUAAAUUAUCAAUAACUGAAAAUUCAGUUAUUCUAGAUGAAACAGAAGUUGAAGAUGUCAUUGCAGAUAUAUAUUUUGCAGCUCGUAAAGAAGCUAACGUUGAAUUUGAUAUUAAUAAAAUCACAAAGUUAGCUGUUGCUUGUAUAUUCUCAACAUUCAACAAUAAAGGAAAAGCUUCAGUAUUUUCAGUAAAAGUAUUAUUAACUUUAAUCAGCUGUGGAAGUCUUCAUGAAAAAUAUGAAUACUUUUACCAGUUGUUGGCCGAUCACAACGCAUGUUUAUCUAAAGCUGCAUUAAAUACAUUACUUACAAGUAUUUGUAAAGUAACUGAAUUACUUGGUGAAAGUGUCGAGUAUGGUAGUCAUCUAGUACAAUCAAAUGUUGACAGCUGCUUUGUCGAAUCACAGGGUUGUUUAGGUGUCAGUAAAACAGAGUUAAGAUUAUGGUUGAUGCAAGAUCCACCUUUGCUUACGUGGAUAUCAACAUUCAAUCGUUUAAAAUUAGCCGAACAUGUAGUUCAUAAUGUUAAAUGUUCAUCUUGUAAAAUUACACCAAUACGUGGUCCAAGAUUUACUUGUUUAAGAUGUGCCCGUUAUCAUCAAUGUCAAAUGUGCUUUUUUUUUGCUAAAACAUCUCAUAAACAUAAAUUAAAACAUCCAGUUAAAGAAUAUUGUACAAAGAUUUUGAGUAAACAAAAUACAAAACCAAUAGUUGAUCUUAUUAGAAAUAAAUUACGAUUAUGUCCAAUUCAAGUAUCUGCGCAGUUAGAAUCAUCGGCAUUAAAUGCAUUACCAUUUAAUAAAGAUGAAUCGUUAUUUUCUGACAGUACUCUUGAUUCAUCUUUAUCAAAUUCGAUAGUGAGUGAUAAAGUUAAUAAUGAUCCUCAAAAAGAAUUAUCGAGUAUUAUUAAUCAUUUGGAACAAGAGAACAGAAAAUUACAAGUUGAGUUGAAAGAAAUAUGCGGAAGUCGUGAUGAACGAUUACAGCAGCAUCGAGAAGCCAUUGAAGCUCAAUUACAACGAUUAAAAACACUAAAGAAAUACAUGUUUCAUGGUCAACGAUCUUCAUUUCCACAAACUAUGCGCUGUGUACAAAGCACACCGCUAUUACCAUCAUUACCAGUAACAUCCAGAUUUUCAACAUUGCCUGAAUUCCAAUUAAGUCCAAUCAUUCGUACGAGUAACAAUGUUGAUUGUAAUAACACAACAAUCAGCAAUGGUAAUGUUAAUCCAUAUGAAAUAAAUAGUAAUCUAUUUGAUAAUUCACAACACGAUGGAUCGCAUGAAGAAACUAGAGAAGUAUCGAGUUCAUAUGAAAAUUCAAAAUUAUCUUCGAAAAUUCAACUUAGUACUUGGAUCGGAGGUAAUCGAACGAGUAUUUAUCAAGAUCAUGGUAAUUUUUCUAAAUGGUUGAGUUCAAGUAAUGCCAAUUUACCGUCAUCAAAAUAUUCAUCAAAGUCGUUAAACGUAACUGAUAAAAUGUCUCAUGAUGAUUCACUACUGGAUAGCGCACGAGACAAUACACCGUCUAGUCUUCAACGGCCUGAUAAACAUUCACGACAUAGUAGUUUACAAAAUAUCCAAGGUGAUUUAAAUGACAUACUCAAUCGAUUACAGAAUAUGGUUGCCAAUGAUUGUCUAUUAGAAGCAGAAUCCUUCAAUUCAAAUGACAAUUGUGAAUUGAAACGUGCGGCGACACAAAUGGAGGAUCUUUUGACGGAUCUCAUACAAGGUAUUGAAUCACGAAAAGGAAAACUUGCAACAGUUGUUUAACAAUUGUUUACAAUAAUAAUAAUAAUAAUAAUAAUUAUAAUAAUAAUGAAUUCGAAAUAUAUAUAUAUAGUAUCAUGCAUUUUAUUUUAUGUACACAUUUAUAAGUGACAAAUUAUAAUUAAGUUGAAAGAAGUAUAUAUUCAUGAACUAUUAUACUGU